AUGCUCGCAUCGGAAUUGCAAAUGCACGUCCCAUCCUUCGGCAAAUGUCCGGAACUCCCUGCUGCGGAACGCUGUGUCAUUGUGGUGAUCCCAUCUCACAGAACACCGACUCCAGAUGACUAUAAGUUAAUUUGUUUUUUAUUCUGCUUUUUGUUCUCUUUUCAUUUCAUUAUCUUUAUUUUUUCCCUUUUAUCUUUCACUAUUUUUCUAUUUUCUUCCUUUUCUCUUUUUCUUAUGUUCAUUUUUUUUUCAUUCAAUUUUUUCUAUAUUUUUUGCUUCUUUUUUCUUCCUUCUUAUUCUUUUAUGUCUCUCCUUUGUAUCUUUUCCUUUCUUAUUUCUAAUUUUCUCUUUUUUAUCCACAGCAUUCGAUAUUUUUUCAUGAUUUUUCUGGCAACAUUUUCCCUUUCUUUCUCUUUUCCUUUCCUUCUUUUUUUUCGCUCUCUUUGUCUCUUUCCUCUACCCCCCCCCACCCAUUUGAUGACACACUCUUCACUGUGCACAUUCGGCAUAAAUAGGUUAACAUGUCUGCUCUCAUCCCUACAACUUCGCACAUAUCUCCGUGAACAGACUUAUAUUUCUUUCUCCCUCUCUUCGCUUUCCCUUCCUAGCCUUAACUUCAUAUCUCUCUUCUUCUCCUUCAUCUAUUCCCUUACCCCGUUUUGA